AUGUUAGACGUUUGGAGGGGAUCUCGACCAGGCUUGUCUUCCCUGGAUGAGGCUUCAAAGAUUUACGGGAAGGCAGCGCAAUGGAUUGCAGCGCUGCACGUUUUGCGCGAUUUCGAUUAUGUGCAACAGGAGGAACAGGCAGGACGAGUCGUAAGGAUAAUUGCGGCGCUCGGGAAAGGCAGGCAGUGGCAGCUGGCCCUUUGCCUUCUUCGGGAAAUGUCUGAAGCGAAGGUACAGGCCACCGUUAUCAGCUACAGUGCUGGGAUCAGCGCCUGCGAGAAGGGUGAGCAGUGGCAGCGGGCGCUGGCGCUGCUGAGCGAGAUGUGGGAUAUGAAAUUGGAGCCCGAC